AGAUAAUAUUCAUUCCUCUCUUGAAGAAAAAGAGUAAUUCCAGGACCAGUUCAAGCAACGAAUAAUACCAAACGAUUUCUCACCAACAAGAAAGGAAUUUCCCUUUUCCAUUCCCAUUACAAAAGAAGAUGAGAAGAAGGAGAAGGGUGAAGAAAGCGUUGAUUCUUUGCGCUCUCUGUCAGUAAAUGGAGAACCCAUGCAUCUCCUCUUCCGUGCCGAUGCUUUUCCUUCUUCUCUUCCUUUCCUUAUUCAUGAUUCUUUUCUUUUCCAACCACCCGAGCCCAGUUUCCAGCUCUUACAGAAGGAACUUUGAAUUCCUCUCGUCCAAGUUCGAAUUCCAGACCCAGCUCGCACGCUCUCACGAAGUCCGAGCAGUUCUAUCGGAAAACUCCACAUCCAAAACGCCCACCUAUGUUAAGAAAAUCGCAAAACUCAGCAUAGCGGAGGAGCUGGAAGAAGGAUUGGCUAGAGCUCGAGCAUCGAUUCGUAAAGCUGCUUCGACAGGGAACAUCUCGUGGUCGUCAAACAGCGGUGAAGAUGGGACCUUCAACAGCGAAAUCUAUCGAAAUGCUGCAGCUUUUCACAGGAGCUACAUGGAGAUGGAGAAGAGGUUCAAGGUGUACGUGUAUGGCGAAGGGGAGCCCCCACUUGUCCACGAUGGGCCAUGCAAGAACAUAUACACUUCAGAGGGAAGGUUCAUACACGAGCUAGAGCUGGGAAAGAGCGAGUAUCGGACGAACGAUCCACUUCGAGCGCACGUUUACUUCAUGCCCUUCAGCGUGACAAUGAUGGUGAGCUUCUUGUACCAGCCCAACUCCCACGAUUUAUCUCCCCUCCACCAUUUCGUCUCCGACUACGUCCACGUCAUCUCUUCCAAAUACCCUUACUGGAACCGAACCCAAGGCGCCGAUCAUUUCAUGCUCUCCUGCCAUGACUGGGGUCCGCACACCUCACGAGCCAACCCACUUCUCUACAAGAACUCCAUUCGGGUCCUCUGUAACGCCAACACCUCAGAAGGCUUCAACCCGCGGAAGGACGUUAGCCUACCCGAAAUCAACCUCCGCACAGGUGCCCUCUCCCCUCAGCUCAUCUCUUCCCCACCUGACGAAGCCCCGAGGCCCCACCUCGCCUUCUUCGCUGGGGGUGUUCAUGGCCCUAUCCGGCCGCUCCUACUUCAACACUGGGAAGCUAAAGAUAACGAUCUCCGUGUGUUCCAGUACCUCCCGAAAGGUCUUGACUACUACUCGUUCAUGCUCAGCUCCAAGUUCUGUCUCUGCCCAAGUGGCUACGAAGUUGCAAGCCCUAGAGUCGUUGAGGCCAUCUACGCCGAGUGUGUCCCUGUCAUCAUAUCUGACCACUACGUGUUACCCUUCAGCGAUGUUCUCGAGUGGGAGAAAUUCUCCGUCCAGGUAUCUGUUUCUGACAUCCCGAAAUUGAAGGAAGUACUGCAGAGAGUUUCGGAAGAUGAAUAUAAGAGAUUGAAGGAGGGUGUGAGAGCUGUGAGGAGGCAUUUCGUGCUAAACCAGCCGCCCAAACGGUUCGAUGUAUUUCACAUGAUCUUGCACUCUAUAUGGCUUAGGAGGCUGAAUAUACGGCUGGGAUGACUAGAACAAAAGACAUACGAAGAGGAAGAAUAGUAGGGAUUUUGGUGCGGAUGAAAAUAUAAAUUAUUAUUUUUUUGGCAAAAGAGAGCUAUCCUCUUAAUCAGUUCUGUUUUUUCACUUUCUUAGGUUCUUUGUAGAAGAAAGAAAUAUGAAGUAUUUAUAUGUAUUUCAUCAGCGGAUGUAACCAAAUCAUUUUGUGGUAUAAUACGAAAGAAUCGCACCGAUAGGAUG